ACUAGGGGCGGCUUUGUAUUUUUGCUAUAAAAAAUUUAUCUACAAAGUGUUGGAAACACAUGGGAGGAGCAACUAACGUUGGCGGUCUGCCUGGUGUUGUCGCUUGCGGAGGGAGGUGAAAGAUGGGCACCAAUUCGCAGUUUCCAAGCGGUUUCAAAUCCCAUCAUUUCCACUCCGAGUGAUUUUCUAGACGGUGCUCCUUUCAGCCGUAGGUUUCUGAUUCCCUACAAGUUUCAGAAUCUAAAAGAACUGCUGGAUGUUUUUGACGUUCCUCACGUUUGAAGCUUAAUCGAUGGAGACUCGUGAACCGAUCGUUUCUGCCGAAUGGCUGCAUUCUAAUCUCGCAAAUUCUGAUAUAAAGGUAUUGGAUGCUUCCUGGUACAUGCCUCAAGAGAAGCGGAAUCCGCUUGAAGAAUAUCAGGUUGCUCACAUUCCGGGUGCCGUUUUCUUUGAUAUUGAUCAAAUUUCUGACCCAACAACUGAUUUGCCGCACAUGUUACCAUUGGAAGAAGCUUUUGCAGCUGCAGUUUCUGUUCUCGGUAUUCAAAACACGGAUAGUGUCAUUAUUUAUGAUGGAAAAGGACUAUUUAGUGCUCCUCGUGUCUGGUGGACGUUCCGAAUUUUUGGGCACAAUAAGGUUUGGGUGUUGAAUGGAGGUUUGCCACAUUGGCUUAAAGCUGGAUAUGAAGUUGAAGCAACCACACCUGAAAAUGUUACUCUGAGAGCUACUGCAGUCCGUAAAGCUAUUAAAAGCAUAUAUCAUGGUCAAUAUGUUGGGCCUGCCACAUUUAAAACAAACUUUCGGCCUCAGAUGAUUUGGGGAAUAGAACAGGUCAAACAAAAUAUGACUGACAAAACCCAUCAACUUCUAGACGCUCGAUCAAAGGGCAGGUUUGAUGGUGUAGCUCCUGAGCCUCGGGAGGGAAUCAAAAGUGGUCAUAUUCCAGAAAGUAAAUGUGUUCCAUUCACAGAGAUGGUUGAUAGUUCAAGCCUGCUUUUGCCUGAAGAUGAGCUUCAUAAAAAGUUUUCACAAGCAGGCGUAUCUUUGGACAACCCAAUUGUUGCCUCCUGCGGAAGUGGGAUGACUGCCUGCAUACUAUGCGUGGGUCUUCAUCGCCUUGGAAAGCUGGAUGUUCCAGUUUAUGAUGGAUCAUGGACUGAAUGGGCAACUCAACCGGGAAAUCCGAUUCAUACUCUUGCUACUGAUUAACUUGCCAGUGGUUCUGCCAACAAAUUACAUGGAUCAUCCAUGAAUGUAUCAGAGACAAACUUAUGUCUUGAGUUCGUCCUGUGAAUUGGUUUCUGUAUCGUGUCACGAUGGCUGCCACUCAAGCCAAAUGCAUUGCUCUUGUGCUUUGAAUCAUGAUGCAGGAAGUUGCAUAUAAA